AUGGAAAAGUUACAGACGGUUCCUGGAGUCGUGGCUUUUUGACGAUAAAUUGUGAGAAGAAAUGUCUCCGAAACUUUUGUAUGCAGCAUUGUUACUAUUACUUUGUCAUGCAAGAUCUUCAGAUGGACAAAAGAAGAAAGAGACACUUCUCUCUGAGAAGGUCACCCAGAUGAUGGAAUGGGCCAGCAAGCGCGCCGUCAUCCGCAUGAACGGGGAAAAGUUCCGGAAGCUGGUGAGAGCCCCUCCACGGAACUACUCCGUGGUCAUCAUGUUCACCGCGCUGCAGCCCCAGAGACAGUGCGGCGUGUGCAGACAAGCUGAUGAGGAAUUCCAAAUCCUGGCCAAUUCCUGGCGGUACUCUAGUGCCUUCACCAACAGAGUCUUCUUUGCAUCUGUGGACUUUGAUGAAGGAUCAGAUGUCUUUCAAAUGCUCAACAUGAACUCCGCCCCCACAUUCAUCAACUUCCCCGCCAAAGGGAAGCCUAAGCGUGCCGACACCUACGAGCUGCAGGUGCGAGGCUUUGCUGCUGAACAGCUGGCCCGCUGGGUGGCAGACCGCACCGAUGUCCAUAUCCGUGUGAUUCGCCCUCCGAACUAUGCGGGGCCCCUGAUGCUCGGCUUCCUGCUGGCAGUGAUUGGCGGACUUGCAUACCUGCGCCGCAACAACCUGGAGUUCCUCUACAACAAGAACGUCUGGGCCUUCUCCGCUCUGUGCUUCGUGCUGAUCAUGACAUCAGGCCAGAUGUGGAACCACAUCCGAGGGCCGCCCUACGCCCACAAGAACCCCAACACCGGGCAAGUGAGCUACAUCCAUGGCAGUAGCCAGGCCCAGUUUGUGGCUGAGACCCACAUCGUGCUCCUGUUUAAUGCCGCUGUGACUCUGGGAAUGGUCCUCUUGCACGAAGCAGCAACAUCUGACAUGGACAUCGGCAAGAGGAAAAUCAUGUGCGUCGCUGGGAUUGGCCUGGUGGUGCUCUUCUUCAGCUGGUUACUGUCCAUUUUCAGAGCCAAAUAUCAUGGAUACCCCUACAGCUUCCUGAUCAGCUAAACACAGAACCACUGAAGAGGAGAACAGGCCUCCGACAGAGCGAGAGGGAGAGGGAGAGAGAGAGAGAGAGAGAGAGACUGAGGAUCCCAAGAGGAGUCGGUCUUUGUGUUGACAUGUGCCUUAUUUUUUCUGUGCUGGUAGUUUCUGUGCAUUGUUGGUUUCUUUUUGUUGUUGUUCAGUUUCCGUUGGCUCUUUUUCCCCCAUCUGUAUUUAAUUUUUUUCAUGUGUGAAAAGCAGUUGAAUUAAUUUUUCAUUUUGUCUUGUAAGGAAUCCUUCCAAAUCUUCACCUUACUGUAGGUAUGAAGCCAAUACAAAGUCUGUCAAUUGGAAAGAAAAACGGUGGAAACCCAUACACAGUAGCUUAAUGGCUCCUAUAAAUACACAAGUGAAGUAUUGUGUGCAUACGGUCUGAAAUGGCAAAUAGAAGGGGAAUUGUGAAUAGAAAGGUGCAACUGGUUUGGGAGAGAUGCUGGUGAGAGGAAAGGACAUCUGGGAUCAUGCAGAAUAUACUGACAGACUAGCAGUGUUCCUCUUUUCUACCUCAUGGACAAUGUGCAUAUCACCUGGGGGGUAUUCCAAGUAUGCGGUCGAGUAACAAACCUGGGUAAGUUAGCUCAGAGUAAGUGGUAAACCUCCUAC